CGCCACUAUAAAGAUAAUCUCGGGACUGAAACGCAUCACAGCUGCGCUCUCCACUUCUUCCUCUUCCUCCUCCUUUCUUUCCACCACCGCACCACCAUGGCCGGAGCUCUCUCUUCCAUCACCCGCUGCAAUCCCAUAUCUCAUCUUGCUUUCUCCACUUCUAAUCCUAAACACCAAUUAUUGUCGCGUAGAUUCACUGCACUUGCCAUGUCCAGAAGUGACCACUCUUAUUGGAGCUCUGUGCAUUCCGAGAUUGACACCCAUCUCGAGCAAGCCAUUCCCAUAAAGCCUCCACUUGUUGUCUACGAGCCCAUGCAUCAUCUUGCCUUCGACGCCCCUCAAACCUCCGCACCCGCCUUGUGUAUCGCCGCUUGUGAGCUCGUUGGUGGUCACAGAGACCAAGCCAUGGCUGCAGCAUCCGCUUUACGUCUUAUGCAUGCUUCUGCUUUCAUUCAUAAGAACCUCCCAUUGACUCACAGGCCCGGUACUAGGCUCACAUUCGACCGUACCUUUGGGCCGAACAUAGAGCUUCUCACAGCAGAUGGAAUGAUACCAUUUGGGCUUGAGUUACUGGCUCGGUCCGACGACCCAGAUCAAAAUAAUUCUGAUCGAGUUUUGCAGGCGAUCGUUGAGAUCUCACACGCCAUGGGUUCACAAGGUGUGAUGGAAGGGCUAUAUAAUGAAUUAGAACAUGACAAAUCCGACGGCGAGGAAGGAUUCCCCGUGUGGUGGCUUCAUAAUGUAUGUAGAAAAAAGGAAGGUACGUUGCAUGCUUGUGCGGGGGCGUGUGGAGCAAUAUUAGGAGGCGGAAGUGAAGAGGAAAUAGAAAAAUUGAGAAGCUACGGUCUGUACGUAGGCAUGGUACAAGGAAUAUUUAAUAGGUUUGGAGGAAAUGCAUGUGCAUGGAAAGAGGUGAAGGAGCUGAGAGAUUUGGCUCUCAAAGAAUUAAAAGAUUUCGAUCAAGCAAAGGUUAUAACAAUUUCUAGGCUUGUUGAGACCAAGGUUUUGUAAUUUGUAGAUCCCACUUGUUGCUUUGCAAUGACAAAGGAGAUGAGACAAAUCACAUUUCAUGGGAUCAUGUGAUUGUGAUCGUGAUGUAAUUGCUUUUUUUUUUUUUACUAUAUUUGAGAAUGCCCGAAAUUUAAAAUAAUAUGAAUAAUAUAAGAGUUGUUGCG